CUACAUCUCCUACAGCUGCAAUCUAUCUCCUGUACCACACAGGUUUUUGAGCAGUGUGCUAUGAUUAGCCCCUCCAACAGGCUGUACUGGAAGUAGUAAGACUUAGGAGGACUGGAACCCUCUCUACUCCCUUUGAUGGAGCAGCCACUUGCUUACUGAGCUGGGCUGUCUUCCUAGGUUCAACUUACCUGGCUGAUUUGGAAGGAAAAGUGUGACAGCUGCCCCAUGCUUUGCCCUGUUUUGAGGAAGAAGGCCGCAAUUGUGACUUGUUAUAUCGUGGCUGCAUGCGCGCAUAUGAGGCCAACUUUUCUAUAUAUGUAACACACAGGUUUCCCUCACUGCAGGACUGCAACAGAGGACCAGGCUUGAUUCUCAUUCGCUUAUAUGAGAGAAAGUAGAACAGUGCUAUUGUGGGGCGGUCUUGUACUGAAGGAGAAGCUCCCACCCCGUUACCCUUUAACGACAGUCCUUCAAGUACUUCGUUGCUCCAUACGGAAAGGUCUCCCUGGCGUCUCUCCCGUCUCUUGGUGGUUUGAUAGCCCGCGGGUGGGUUACGUGGCUGAACUCGGGCAAUCUACGGCGAGCACGCGAGGCGCUAGCCAACCGGGGUAUUUGAAAGGGAAUGGCAGCCGGCCCUCCUUUCAGCCAGGGGCGACUGCCCAAGCUGAGCCGCCCAGAGGCUCCGAGAACCGGAAGAAACGGCAUCGAAGGGCGGGCCGGGCGCUGUUUCACGCCUUCCCAGGCCCCUCGGGCUCUCGGCUGCUUUCGUCGCCGUGCUGGUCUUUCUGCGGACUCUGCUGCUCUGCGCGGCAGGGGUUUUUCCGUGCUGUUUUCCCACCGCUGUUCCGGACACGAUCUUUGGGAAAGGCCUCGUGGCUUGCAGGCUGGACCGCGCAAGAGAGAUGCCGGGGGGCUCGGGCCCCAUCGGCGGUGUGUAUCAGGAGUUGAGCCAAUUCCCCUCGGCCACUUAUGCCAGGGUAGGAGUCGGAUUCGCUGGCUGCCGCGGCGCCAAGUUCCUGCCCCUCUACAGCGAGUGGUGCCAACCUGAUUUGGGGAGCUGUGAGCAGUUGCGAUUCAGCCGCCAACAUAUCCUGCACCAUGAUGGCAGUGCAGUUAUCUCAGUUACUCCUGUUGGCAUGCCAGCUGAGAUUCGAGACCAACUGCUGAGCCAAGUAUCUCCUACUGGGACGCACAAGGCUGUUCUUACCCACCACUUGGAAACGGGGCAGAAACAGGAGGUGAUGGAGGUUUGGAGCAACAGUGGGAGGGUGAAAAGUGUCAACCUUACAGUUCAGGAUAAACAUGGCAGAGUUUGCACAGAUGAGCAGUUUGGGUGUUUGGCCUGGUCCAGCUCAGAAACACGGAUCCUGUAUGUGGCGGAGAGAAAACGUCCCAAAAUGCAGCCACUUUUCUUUCAUGACAGGUCUUCCCAGGCAGGAGAGAAGCCAGGUGAAGCAAGAAAGGGGGAGCAAUUUGUGUACUAUGACAAUUGGGGAGAGAUGCUGAGUGAUUGCAGUGCCCCUGUCUUGUGUGUGCUGGAUCUUGAAACCAGUGAAAUUUCAGUCUCAGGCGGCAUACCAGAACACAUCUCUCCUGGGCAGGCCCUGUGGUUCCCUGAUGACAAUGGUAUUGUGUUUGUUGGCUGGUGGCAUGAGCCCUUCAGGCUGGGAUUGAGAGCUUGCUCCAACAGAAGGUCAGCCCUGUUUCUCUUGGAAGUCUCUGGAAGCAGCUGUGAGCUGCUGUCCUCAGAUUGCCAGGCUGUCUCUUCUCCACGACUGAGCCCUGAGGGAACCCACCUGCUCUACUUAGAGGGGCCAGUAUUUGGGCCUCAUCGCCAGUGCCUGAAGCUGCAGUUGCUCAACUGGCAAACAAAGCUCACAUCCACAGUAGUGGAUGUGGUCAGGACUGCCACAGCUGGUUUUUGGGGGAUUUAUUCAGGGGCGCUGCCCCAGCUCUGCUGGGCAACAGACAACCGCAGAGUCCUGCUGAGUACUCCUCAGAAGAGCAGGAAGGAACUGUUGGUGGUGGAUACCAGACUGGGAAGUGUGAAGUGUAUUACAGCAGGCUCACCAGAGGGUAGCUGGACUCUGCUGGGAAUUCAACAGGAUCUGUUGGUGGUCAGCUGCUCAUCACCAAGUUGCCCUCCAAGCUUGAAGGUGGGUGUGCUUCCCCCUGCAGGGAGAGAGCUGGAACUGCAGUGGAUGAGUGUGGUGGAAACCUCUGUACUACCAGAUUUGGAAUGGAAAAUCCUCACGGUGCAGCCACCUGUGACUGAGGAGGGCAUUGCAUACACAGACCAGGCAUUUGAAGCCCUGUUGCUGAGACCACAAGGAAGCCCACAAGGACAAAAGGACUUCCCGCUUAUUGUUUCUCCACAUGGUGGCCCACAUGCAGUCUUUGAGGCCUGUUGGCAUCCAACCAUGGCCUGUCUCUGCCAGCUGGGUUUUGCAGUGCUCAUGGUGAAUUACAGGGGCUCCCUGGGCUUUGGCCAGGCCAGCAUUGACUCUCUCAUCUCUCGUGUGGGAGUACAAGAUGUGGAAGACACUCAGUUGGCAGUGGAGUUGGCACUGCAGUCUGAGCCCUUGGACCCAAAUAGAAUUGCCUUGCUGGGAGGCUCCCAUGGAGGCUUCAUCUGUUGCCACAUACUUGGUCGAUACCCGAAGAUGUACAAAGCCUGUGCAGUCAGAAGCCCUGUCAUCAACAUGGCCACUCUGCUGGGGACCUCCGACAUCCCUGACUGGCGCUACACAUCCCUAGGUUUGCCAUAUUGUUUUGAGAGAAUUCCCUCUGAAGAAGAUCUGGUGACGAUGCUACGCCACUCCCCCAUCAUUCAUGCUGCAAAGGUGUUUACACCCUUGCUGCUCUGUGUGGGGGGCAAGGACCGAAGAGUAUCUCCGUACCAAGCUGUGGAGUAUUAUCGUGUGUUGCAAGCCAGAGGGAUUCCUGUGAGGUUGUUGUGGUAUCCAGAAGGGAAUCAUACCCUAAGUGGAGUUCAAACUGAAGCGGAUUUCUUUAUGAACUGUGCACAGUGGAUUAUACAACAUCUUUCUGUGGAAGCAGCUGCUGGAAAUCUGCAAACAUCUGAAAAAGCAGAGCUGUAAAUUCUACUUUGAGAAAAAAUAUCUGGACUGUAGGACUCUAUAUCCAGCUGUAUGAGGAUCACUGGCUAGGGCUACCAGUCCCAACAGAUGCAGCAUACAGUCAUGUUCCUGGCCUUUAAACACCAUGCUGUACAUCUGGUAAUUUUAUGAUGCAAGUUCUUUUGAAGAAAUCUUCAGCAAACUGAACCUACUCAAAUUACUUUCUUGAGGUAAAGCUGACUCUUAAAGAACUGCAGGACUGUAACUUACAUUUCUGCCAUAGAACUCUGCUGGGCCUUGUUUCCAGCUAAGGGGAUUUAAAUAGUGGUGGUGGUGGUGGUGGUGGUGGUGGUGGUGGUGUGUUGAUUUUUCAAAAAGCUAUCAAUAUUGUAAGAAAAUAGCCAUGGGGGUGUACCAUUGAUGUCUUUUCUCAACACAAAUAUACCAGCAAGACUCCAAUUUUAUUGCUGAAUGAUUUAUUGCUGUGGACCUAUUGUAUGAGCAGCCCUAACAAGGUAACUGAAGCAGUUGCCAUUAGUCCUAAGUACCCUAGUAAAUGUUUGCUGCUUGUUUGAUCUUUCCUGUCCCCUAGAACAUCACUGCCUAUUGCCUCCUGCAGACAUAGACAAACAUGUCAAAAAUAUUCUUCAGAGAUAUUCAUUCUUAUUACAGAUUCAAUAAAGAUUGACUA